ACAUCUUGGAACAAAUCGUUAUUUAACCCUUGACCCAAAUGUAACUGGUGUGUUCAAUGGACCAUAUCCAUUCGGCAUUGAUCCGAUGUGGAACCUGGCCAACAAUAAACUCAAUUUCUUGAAUUCCUAUAAAAUGAAAAUGUCAGUCAUCCUGGGAAUUGUUCACAUGACCUUCGGAGUCAUCCUGGGCAUCUUCAACCACAUGCACUUCAGAAAGAAGUUUAACAUCUACCUGGUAUUUCUGCCCGAGAUCCUCUUCUUGCUGUGCCUUUUUGGGUACCUGGUGUUUAUGGUGGUUUAUAAAUGGUUGGCAUAUUCGGCAGAGAAUUCCAGUGUGGCUCCAAGCAUCCUCAUUCACUUCAUUAACAUGUUCUUUUUUCAAGGGACUGAAGGCUUUCAGCCACUUUAUCCUGGUCAGACAGGGUUACAAGUAUUUCUUGUAGUGGUAGCAUUGCUCUCUGUGCCUGUUUUGCUGCUGGGCAAACCACUUUACCUGUAUUGGCUCCACAAUGGAGGCAAGAGCCUUGGGAUGUAUAGAAACGGUUACGAGUUGGUGCGGCGAGGAAGUGAAGAGGAGCUGUCUCUUCUGAGGGCUGAAGAUCUGGAGGAAGGCGUCAGCUACACAGACCAUGGAGCAAGCAGAGACACACAACCAGAGGAGUUUGAUUUUGGAGAUGUGUUAAUGCAUCAAGCUAUUCACACUAUUGAAUACUGCCUUGGCUGCAUCUCAAACACUGCUUCCUACCUGCGACUGUGGGCACUAAGUCUUGCACACGCACAGUUGUCUGAAGUUCUCUGGGAAAUGGUAAUGAGAGUGGGCCUUCGUGUGGACACUAUGUUUGGCAUUGUGUUACUAGUGCCAGUCUUCGGGCUGUUUGCUGUAUUGACUGUGGCUAUUCUACUUGUCAUGGAGGGUCUUUCUGCAUUCCUGCAUGCUCUACGACUGCAUUGGGUGGAAUUUCAGAACAAGUUCUACACUGGUGCCGGGAUCAAGUUCAUUCCUUUCUCCUUUAAACUGCUGUCCCAAAGUUUCGAACAAGAUGGUGUGCUUUGAAACGAGUGCUUGGAGACAGGGAGCACAGAAAAAUAACAUGCAACGAGAAUCACGACAUUGAACCUCAUAGGCUGGACAGUUUUAUUUUUUGUACUAAACUGGUUUGUUGCACUGACUGCCUUUUACAUAAUGCAAGCAAAUAUCUACAUAUCAUAUUUUAUUAUGAAUCAUAUUUUCAAGAUUUCGCAUCUCAGCGGCUGUAUAUAGAUAGCCCUUUAACAUUUCCAUGUUUCACUGUGAACAUUGUACAAUUCAUACUGUUUCAUGAUGAAUAGUGUAGAGGGAGGGGCUUGGGUUAUUGCUGGUUUUGUCAAAAGGUAAAAAAAAAUCUUAGUAAAACACUCCUUAAAGACAGUGUUAGUGAUGGGUUGUGACAUUUAAAAUUGACAACAGAUGUUAUUUUUUGAGAUAUGAUGGGAGGCCCAUAAAUAAAUGUAACAGCUUAUAAA